UCUCAACAAAAGCUAUAAAGAAUCAGCGAUCAGUGGAGAACGAAGAAAACAAUUUUAAAAAAGGAAUUUUCAGACAUUUGUUUCUGAACAGACAGCAGAUCUUUGUGAUUCUAAUGGUGAUUCAGUUUUGAAACCAUCGUUCAGAAAGUGAAAGUAAAGUUCAGAUCGCAGGAGCUCAAACAGUGAGAAUGGCUUCAGCAGCUGAAGAUGAUUAUAUCUGUCCUGUGUGCUGUGAAAUCUUCAAGGCUCCUGUUCUUUUAUCAUGUAGUCACAGUUUCUGUAAAGAGUGUCUUCAACAGUUCUGGAGAACCAAGGAUACUCCGGAGUGUCCUGUCUGCAGGAGAAGGUCCUCAAGAGAAGAACCACCAUAUAAUCUCGCAUUAAAAAACUUGUGCGAGUCGUUCCUGAAGGAGAGAAAUGAGAGACAUUCAUCUGAGGAGAUCUGCAGUUUACACAGUGAGAAACUCAAACUCUUCUGUCUGGAGGACAAGCAGCCGGUGUGUUUAGUGUGCAGAGAUUCACAACAACAUGACAAUCAUAAAUUCAGACCCAUCAGUGAAGCGGUUUCAUCAUAUAAGGAGGAGCUCAAUGCAGCAUUGAAGUUCUUACAAGAGAACCUAAAACACAAUAAAACAAUGAAAGGAGAGUUUGAGAAAACAGUUCAACACAUCAAGUCUCAAGCUGAGCACACAGAGGCUCAGAUUAAACAGCAGUUUGAGAAGCUUCAUCAGUUUCUCAGAGAUGAAGAAGAAGCUACAAUCACUGCACUGAGAGAGGAAGAGGAGCAGAAGAAGCAGAAGCUGGAGGAGAUGAACAGACACAUCUCAGCUCUUUCACACACAAUCAAAGACAUGGAGGAGAUGAUGAGAGCCAGUGACGUCUGCUUUCUGAAGGAGUUUCCAGUCUCAAUGGAAAGAGUCCAGAUCUCAUCACAGCCGGAUCUACAGAUGCCUUCUGGAGCGUUGAUUCAUGUGCCGCGUUAUUUGGGCAACCUGCCGUUCAGAGUCUGGAAGAAGAUGCGGGACAUCAUCCCGAAAACUCCUGUGAUUCUGGAUCCAAACACUGCGAAUCCAUGGCUUGUCCUGUCUGAUGAUCUGACCAGUGUGAGAAACUGCAGGAACAAACAACCUCUUCCUGAUAAUCCAGAGAGAUUUGACUUCUAUCCCUGUGUUCUGGGUUCAGAGGGGUUUAACUCAGGAACACACUGCUGGGAUGUGGAGGUUAAAGAGAGUCAACGCUGGUGUCUUGGAGUAACUACAGCAUCAAACCUGGGGAAGGGAUGUGAUUUCUUCAACACUGAUGUCUGGAGUGUGGAGUAUCAUCUGUCGGGACGGUAUAUAGGUUCUGGUUUUCGGGUUAAACGGCAGCUUGAUCGUGUGAGAGUGUAUCUGGACUAUGACAGAGGAACGGUGUCAUUCUCUGAUUCUGUAACUAACACACAUCUCCACACAUUCACAGCCACCUUCACUCACACACUCUUCCCAUUCUUCUAUUGUUUUGACUCUCUGAGGAUCUUACCGUUCAAUAGUCAGUAAACGUUACUCUUGUAGGUCUGGAUCUUCCUGCUUUUACCAUGUUACCAAUAUUUCAUACAUAUCUCAUGAGUAAGAGUGCUGUUGAUCUGAAUAUCAGUAUGGUGGCUGUG